GAAGGAUGUUUCCUCCAGUCCUGUGUCCUGCCUAUUUUCUGCAAAAACAAAUAUCGAUGCAACUGGUUAUUCGAAACCCACUGGUACCUGUACGGAACAGCUCGCUGCUCCGCUAGGAACAAUGUGUCAGACAAAGAAGAAAGCGCCAGUCUUUCGACGGCGCAGAACUUCGGAGAUACUCCAGUAGUAGUAGCGACAGAAAAGGGCUUCUUCCGCCGUCUACGUUGUUUCAAUCAUGAGGGUGUAAAGAUUUGAACACUACGGGGACUGGCAUUUAAAGGAGACACUUCACGCUAGCCGCGAUACUCAAUAUAUGGCUUUCAUCAUGAUGAAGAAAAAGAAAUUUAAAUUUAAAGUAGAUUUUGAACUGGACGAACUCUCUUCUGUUCCCUUUGUUAACGGUGUGUUGUUCUGUAAAGUCAGGCUUCUAGAUGGUGGCUUUUCGGAGGAGUCCUCUCGGGAGGUGGUCCAGGCCAACUGUGUGCGCUGGAGGAAGAGGUUCUCCUUCCCGUGUAAGAUGAGUGCCAGCGCUAGCACGGGACUGCUGGAUCCCUGUGUCUGCCGGGUGUCCGUGCGCAAGGAACUGAAAGGUGGAAAGACAUAUGCAAAGCUUGGAUUCGCUGACCUAAAUUUGGCAGAGUUUGCCGGCUCUGGGAAUACCACUCGGAGGUGUUUACUGGAAGGAUAUGACACCAAGCACACGCGUCAGGAUAACUCCAUCCUGAAGGUGCUUAUCAGCAUGCAGCUGAUGUCUGGAGAUCCCUGUUUUAAAACGCCUCCCUCGACUGCGAUGUAUAUAGGGAUACAAGGAGACACCGAAUGUCUGCAUGGAGACAGAAAGGGGGGGGACAUGCAGAAAGUCUUCUUUGGGAUUUCAGAGACCCAAGGAAAGUGCUCCUCUGUCCCCGACGAGCUGACAGGGUGUGGCCACUCCAGAACCUCCAGCUAUGCUAGUCAGCAGUCUAAAGUAUCAGGGUACAGCACGGGGCACUCUCGCUCCUCCAGCCUGUCGGAGUUCUCUCACAGGAGAAACACCUCGGUGGGCAGCGCCUCCACUGGCAUCGGCAGCAUCCCGGAGCCCAGCGAGGAGCGGGAGCCCAGAACGGCGCCCCCUACCGCUGCCGCCGCCGCUGCGUGCGCGUCCGUGCCGGAGCACCCCGGCACGCCCAUCAAGAGCGCGUCGUCCUCCGAGCGCCUCAACAGGCAUCCGGUGAAGCAGGACUCGAUGGAGUCACAGCUGAAGCGGGUGGAUGCCACCAGGGUGGAUGCUGAUGACGUGGUAGAGAAGAUCCUCCAGAGUCAGGACUUCACCCCCAGCCUGCUGGACUCCAGCGCUGAAGAGGAGGGUCUGCGCCUCUUUGUGGGUCCCGGGGGAAGCACUGCGCUUGGCAGUCAUCAUCUCCCUACCAGGGUUGGCGCCGGGGCUUACGAGCAGGUGGUGAUAAAGCGUUAGCUCCAGAAGACGCCCGGCUGAGAGGUGGCACAACCGGAGUCUGACGGGCCGAUGUGGCGGCAGUUGUACCUCAUCUCAUUCUGGCAGCACGGUUUUUAAACUUGAACCCGAGGUUGGCGGAGUGGACUGUGUGUAGCCCCCUGACAGAAACGAUGCCCCCUGGUGUGCUAGUAGCACUGGCUAACUGACGUCCGUGUUUGUCUCACAAGGUCAAAGGAUCACGAGCUGAGGGGAUUUAUGGAUGUGUGUGUUAAGCUACAGUGUGACAUGUGUGCCAUUCAUGUCAUAUCGUGAAUUAAAUGCCAUCGGGAACACCAGACUUACGCUCCAUUUGAAACUGGAGAGGAAUACUGUGUUCUGUUAAUCUCUGUCUUAUCUCUCUUCUGUUCAGACAAAAAAACAUGUUUUAGCUAUUAUUUUAUAUAAGUAUUGAGUGGGACCUUCCUGUAAUACUUAGUUGUAUUGUUUUCAUGCUGCUAAAAGGUCUAUUUCCAAAAUACACCCGUGGUGUUAGCGUAUAUAGCCAUUAUAUAUGAAUGGGAGCGUCUUGGACUACCAAGCUCAGGGUUGUGCUGUUGAUGGUGUGGGCUGUCUUUGUUGUGGUAAUAACAUGAAAACUGACUGAAGAACCACAAACUCAGGAAAACGGAAAGAGGAGGCAGACACUGUGAAAGCUCACCCAGCUCCGAAGGCCCGUGAUUUUAUGAAGGUCAAAAUUAAAGUGGCAGGGGAAGAAGAGGAGGCAGUAAAGAUGGGGAAGAAGAUACGAGUUUGUUGAUUAACUUUAGAUGUAGCUCAGCUCAGUUGCGUGAUGAUGGAGGACAGGGAGAUUGAAAGAGUAGUGAUUUUCGCGAAGCAGGUGUAAUUCUGAAAAUGGACAGUUCUGGGGAGUUGAUGCAUUGUUGCAACUUCAAGAGCUGAUGGGCUUUAAAUCUCAUAGGGCACUGUUGCCAGAUGAAUUGUGCUUUUGAUGCCACUCAGGUUUCAAACCACAGUUCCAGCUCUGCCUGUAG